AAUCCCGCGUCUCGCGGUCCCCACACUUCUCUCACAUUUCCUAGUCUCCUUUCCGUCUUACUCUAUUGUAUAAUGACUUCUACAAACUCUCCCAGCGAGACCGCGACCAUCGUCGAUGGAACCCACCCCUACCGUGACAACGAUGCGGAGCCCGUCGAGCCCCCUACUCACGACCCGGCACAACCGGAUCUGAGUUUCCCAUUCGCCACCACAAACACCCAGCAGGGUGGCUUCACGGAUGAAUACCGUACCACCACGAAAACUGGUUUCGUACCAGCUGAUCUGGCCCUACGGCCGAUCCCCACCCAUGUCUCACAAGUUCCUGGCGCCUUGAAGGACCCCGAAAAGGCUGCGGCGCUGAAGGACAUGAAGUUGGUUACAUGGCUGCCGAACGACCCGGAAGAUCCGCGGAACUGGUCGAAGGCGUAUCGGUGGUAUCUCACGGGCAUAUGCGCAUUUUCGGUGGUCGGUGUCGCUUUCGCUAGCGCCGUUGUCACCGGCGAUUUCGAAGAUAUUGAGAAAGAGUUCCAUAUCGGCGAGGUCGUCACCGCGCUGAGCGUGUCGCUCAUGGUUUGUGGGUUUGGUAUCGGCCCUUUGGCGUGGUCACCUCUGAGUGAACUUAUUGGCCGCAGGUGGAUCUGGAUCAUCCCGAGUUUCAUUUACGUCAUAUUCAAUAUCCCCUGCGCUCUCGCCAAAAACGUUGAAACUCUCAUGAUCUGCCGAUUCAUUUGCGGCUUGUUUGCAUCUGCCCCUCUCACACUCGCGGGUGGUACCAUCUCGGAUAUAUGGGACAACAAUGAGCGUGGUUUCGCUAUUGCUCUAUUUGCUGCGGCGCCGUACGGCGGUCCUGUCCUCGGCCCCAUUAUUGGUGGUUUCGUCGGCGAGAAGAAAGGUUGGCGAUGGAUGAUCUGGAUCAAUAUGAUUCUCGCGGCGCUCGUGGCUGUGUUGACUCUGACAAUUCCGGAGACAUUCGCCCCAGCCUUGCUCAAGAAACGUGCAGCACGUCUGCGUAAGGAGACUGGCAACCCCAACAUUACCACUGAACAGGAGCUAUUCAAAGCAUCUUUAUCGGACGUCAUCGUUGAGACGCUCAUUCGUCCCUUCCAAAUGCUAGCGACAGAACCCAUUCUGCUACUCAUGUCGCUGUACAUCGCCCUCAUCUACGGUCUUCUCUACGCGUUCUUCUUCGCUUACCCUGUUGUCUUCCUCGAAGCGUACCAUUUCAGCGACGGCCUCUUCGGGACUACGUUCUGCUCUGUUCUGAUCGGCCUGGGUCUCGCGUUGUUCGUGACACCACUUAUUGAGAAGAACUACCAAAAGCGUGCCGCCGCAAAGGGAGGUCGCGCUGACCCUGAGGACCGGCUCGUCGGUAUGAUGAUUGGCUGUUGGUUCGUGCCUAUCUCUAUGUUCAUCUUUGGAUGGACGAGCCCGCCAUACGUCCAACCCGGUGGUGGAAAUUGGGUAGGUCCCGCGUCGUCCGGAAUUCCGUUCGGCUUUGGCAUGGUUAUCAUUUACUUCUCUGCCAACGCCUACAUCAUUGAUGCCUUCCCCGGCUACGUCGCGUCUGCCCUCGCCGCCAAGACCGUCAUUCGUUCUGGGUCGGGUGCUGCGAUGCCAUUGUUCAUUGAGGCGAUGUACCAUAAUCUCGGCAACGGCUGGGCAGCGUCGACAUGGGCUUUCAUCUCCAUUGCGAUGAUCCCAAUACCAUUCUUGUUCUAUCGAUACGGUAAAGCUAUUCGUGCCAAGUCUAAGCGCGCCGUCGCGUAGAUAUCGCUCUUUCUUCUCGUCCGCCAUGGCACCCCUACCCCCUACCCCUCUAGUCCCCUUACUCUCCGUUAUUGCCUACUCCCGUCGCAUGCUACCUAUCCCGCUCGCCGCCGAAUUUGACACCGAACUGUUCCCACAUUAUCCCGCGCGCAUGACUAGAAUUUGUCCCAUUCCAUUCUACAUUGGCUUUAGCGGUGCACGUAGAUAGUAUGUAGCUUAAGUUUCGAUACCCUGUCGCCCGAUACGCAAUACAGGUUGCUGUUUCCCC